UUUAUGUAAAGACAGCCAUAUCAACAACAUCCAACUCUCAAAAUUCAGAGAAAGAAACUGUGGGGCUUCAGAGGUUGAGAGAAGCAAUGAUGGCCUCUACAUCAGCAGUCUCUAUGGGCGGCAUGCCUUUGACCUACGCAAGCCAAAAGAGGCUACCAACUGCAGACAGUUUCUUCAAGCCAUUGCCAGUGAGGCCCUCCAAUGCUGUUGCAGCAGCAAAGCCCAUUGCCAAGUUUCAGGUCAAGGCUUCUUCACUCAAGGAAAAGGCGGUGACUGGAUUGACAGCAGCUGCAUUGACUGCUUCGAUGAUGAUUCCGGAUGUGGCUGAGGCUGCUGAUUCUGGUCUUUCACCGUCCCUCAAGAGCUUCUUGCUGAGCAUUGUUGCUGGAGGAGUGGUCCUUGCUUUGCUCUUUGGUGCUGUAAUAGCUGUUGCCAACUUUGAUCCUGUCAAGCGGAGCUGAAAAACUGUUCGGAAUAAUACACACAUUCCAAUUUUCUCUCCCAACUUGUAUCUAUGUUGCUAGUAAUGACUAAUGUUUGCACUUUUGAGUUA